AUGCAACUUCAGGGUAUUAAAGCUGAAUUAAAUGAGUUGCAAAAAAACUGCAAAGCCAAUAGCGAAGGUCUAUCCGAAAAUUCUUCAUUUUUUGAGGAUUUAAAUAGAAAAAUUAAAAGUAUUGAAAAUGAAAACCAAAUUUCUAUUGAAAAAAUAAAAUCAGAAUUAAAAGAUAUUGAGAAAAUAAAAAAUAAAUCUGAUGAAAAGCUAGAUAGUCUUUUUGGUGAAAUUGAGAAAUCAAAGAAUUAUAAUAAGGAUAUACAGAAUUGGCAAUUUUAUGUUAAUGAAGACAUCAAAAGUAUUAAAAGUGAAAUAGAAAAAUAUAAAUCUGGAAUUCCCAGUCAGACUCUUGCUAUAUCAAAUCAACCUCAAAUCACAUCCAACCCAGAUUUUUAUAGCCAAACAAGGACACUCCCACAAAACCAUCAUAUAAACGCUCAGAAUGAGAGAUCUGAAAGGGAAGCUCAACUAUUAAACGCCCACAUACAGACUCAAAGCUUAAGACCUCAGCGUUUUAGCAAAUCUGGCCUACCAAACAUAGGAAAUACUUGUUAUAUGAAUUCAGUUAUACAAAUAUUAGCAAGCUCAGCUGAUUUUGCUGAAUAUUUAUACAGCAUUCCUGGCGAUGACUUACUGCAGAGCUUAAAUUCCGUUAUAUUAUCAAUAAAUGCUAACUAUGGAAAAAAUAAAACAAUCCCACUUAUCGAAAACUUUAAGCAAUUAAUUUCAAGAGAAUACUCAAUGGUAAAUUUUAUUUAG